CCAAGAAGGCUUUAAUCUGCAGAAGCUCUGAAUUUGAGAUUCUCUUUUCAUAUUUUUCCUCUUUAAAUACACAUCUCAUUUGUAGCCACAGUUCAUCAGAAAAAUUAUGGCAAUCGAAUUGCACUUCACACUCAUACUUUUUUCUCUGUUUUUGGUGUCCUCUUUCACCUUUCCUUUGCCCCCUAUUCUACCCAGAUUUCCCUCUUCAGCAGUCAGUGCAGAGCUAAAGCAACGCUCUCAUUCUGCUCCAAAUACCCCAUACAGAACCAAGUUCUUCACUCAAAUACUCGAUCACUUCAAUUUCAAUCCCCAGAGCAAUCACGUUUUUCAACAAAGGUAUCUCAUCAAUGAUACCUUCUGGGGUGGUGCCAAAAACAAUGCUCCAAUCUUUGUCUACACGGGAAAUGAAGGGAACAUAGAAUGGUUCACUGAGAACACAGGCUUCAUGUUCGAAAAUGCUCCUUCUUUUCAUGCCCUUUUGGUUUUUAUUGAGCAUAGAUUCUACGGAAAAUCAAUACCAUUUGGGGGAAACAGGAAGGUUGCAUACGCAAAUGCUACCACACUGGGGUAUUUGAGCUCCACACAGGCAUUAGCCGAUUAUGCCACUCUCAUCAUUGAUUUGAAGAAGAAUUUGUCAGCAACUGAUUCUCCCGUUGUGGUGUUUGGAGGAUCCUAUGGAGGAAUGUUGGCAGCUUGGUUCAGGAUGAAGUAUCCACACGUUGCAAUUGGAGCUCUGGCAUCCUCUGCUCCCAUUCUCCAAUUCAUGGAUUUGGUUUCACCAGAUAUCUUCAACAGCAUCAUCUCGCAAGAUUUCAGAAGCGAGAGUGAGAAUUGUUACAAAGUGUUAAAAGGGUCAUGGAAACUAAUAGAGCAGACGGCCAACAAACCCGAGGGACUGGAACUGUUACAGAAAUCAUUCAGAAUUUGCAAAAGCAAUGAUUUUGGGGCAGGUUCUCUGGAAGGAUGGCUUAGGACGGCGUGGGUUUAUACAGCUAUGACAGAUUAUCCCACACCAUCCAAUUUCCUCAAUCCCUUGCCAGCAUAUCCCAUAAAAAAGAUGUGUGAAGCCAUAGAAGGGACAGAAAAGGGAAAAAAUGAUGAAUUGGAGAAGCUGUACGCAGCAGUGAGUCUAUUCUACAACUAUACAGGCACUGCCACGUGUUUCGAUUUGGAUGAUGAUUCAGACCCGCACGAUCUCGGGGGAUGGCAAUGGCAGGCGUGUACGGAGAUGAUAAUGCCCGUAGGUGGAAGCAAUAAGCACAGCAUAUUCCCAGAAUAUAAGUGGUCAUACGAAGACAGAGAGUCUUCAUGCCAAUUUUUCUACAAUGUUACGCCUAGACCACACUGGAUUACCACUGAGUUUGGUGGCCAUGCCAUUCAGACAGUUCUGAAAAGCUCUGCAAGCAACAUUAUAUUCUUCAAUGGUUUAAGAGAUCCUUGGAGUGGUGGAGGGGUGUUAAAGAAUAUAUCAAAAACUAUAGUUGCUCUUGUUGAAAAAAGUGGAGCUCAUCAUGUAGACUUAAGGUACUCCACUAAGGAAGAUCCAAAGUGGCUUAAAGAUGUAAGGAAACAGGAGAUAAAGAUCAUUGCAAGUUGGAUCUCUCAAUACCAUCAAGACCUACACUCCAAUAACUAAGGCUUCUUCUCAAUUUUUUUUGGGCUUCUUUGGAGUCACUGCAAUUAUUGUCAGAUGAAACAGAUAUAAUGGAUACCCAGAAUAACCAUAGUAACAUGUAUCAAGUGCUUGUUAGUCAGAAAAAAAACGUUGUUAAUUUUUCACAGUAGUUUGCAUUCUUUGGCCCCCUGAUCGUGAAGCCUAGACUCCAUAUUAUAAGCUUUAUUUGAUUACAGUA